AUGUCUCCAUUGGAACAGAGGAAGCUAGAGGAAGAGGAGGAGGUGAAGGGAGAUGAUGAAGAAGAACAGAGAAAGGAGGCCUUACCGUGGAACUCUAUCCCUAACUUCCAACCCAACCCACCUCCUAGGCCCGCCCGUGGCCCACCCCAUCCCCACACCCUGCCGCCGCGCCCCUCCCCCCCGCGCGGGACGGCGUCGCGCCGCCAGGAGGGCGCCGCACGAGGGCGGACCGAGCUCCCCUCGCGGGACGGCGUCGCGCCGCCAGGAGGGCAAGACAAGGAGGCAGUAGAGGGAGCAUGGAGGGGCGGAGGCCGCGAGGAAGCCGGAGGAGGGAGGAGAUCCGGCGCGGCGAGGACAGCUGGUGCGGUGAGGGGGCACGGCGAGAAGGGCGAGGAGGCCAUGGCCUGCCGCCGUCUGCCCGUGGCGGCGUGCUGCUCGCCGGCCCGCGCGGGCCGUCGCCUCCCGGCGCGCCUCCGCCUCGCCAUGCCCGCCGCCGCGCGCCUCCGUCUCUCCAUGGUCGCCGCGCACCUCCGUCUCGCCAUGGUCGCUAGAUCUGGAUGCGCAAGUCGGAGGGCGCCACGAGCCUACCUGGGCAGGAGGAAGAGGGCCGGUUCCUAG